AUGGGUUUUUUCUACAGCGGGUACCACAAACCUAGUGGCAAGAAUAUAAAAGACAGACGGGCUCAAAUAUUUUACGUCUUGGGACUCUUCGUGUUACCCACCAUCGUGACUUAUGCAGGAAGCAACUACCACGUUUUGAAUUUUUUCAUUGACACCUUUAAGCCAAUUGAAGUGCCCAGGGAAGUGGAUUUCGAAAUUAUUAAAAAGAUAUACCAUAAUAAAAAGCCCACAUCCAAGAGCGCAGAUUAUGACGAAAAUACAAACGUGUAA